GCCCAAGACAGAGGUUGUUGUUCCACCCAAACCAUCACAUGACCUUCAAGGCCUCACAUACAUACCCCAUACAUUGCAACACACAUUAUCCAGCACCUCUGCUGAUGAAUUGUUGUCUGGAAGUCCAGAAACUGACACUUCACCAGCACAUAAACCGGUUCUGGUUCCAGUACGAGCUGAUGAAGAAAAUAUUGUCGUUCGUCGAAUUGAGGAAAUACCGUAUAAAGGAGAAGCUGAACUGAUGCAGUUUAAAACUGACACAGAAGCUUUUCAUCGCAAAAUAUCUUCACUGCUUACCAAGACACCUGGAACACUGUGCCAGCUUGACAAAGAUUGGAAACAACUUUCCGAGCAGCAAGAAAAGUAUUCUCGACAACUUUCAACAGCGAUCGGUCGUUGUUCUUCUUACAAAAAUCGAUUCCAAGAUAUUUUACCAUUCGAUCAAAGCAGGGUUUUGUUGUCAGAGUCAAAAGAUGAUUAUAUCAAUGCCAGUUUGGUGGAUGGUAUCUCAUGUUACUCACCACGAUUCAUUGCCACUCAGUCACCCCUACCUGCUUCUUCUGCCGAUUUCUGGUUAAUGGUUCAUGAACAACAAGUCAACCUCAUCGUAAUGUUGGUCAGCAAAAAUGAUAUUCCAAAGAAAUGUGCCAUGUAUUGGCCUGAAGAUCGGAACAUAUUACAAAAGCACGGACCGCUGUCUGUUACUUUCACAACGAGUCGUGUACACGAGACAUACAUCGAACGUACUUUCACACUGAAGCACGCGAAAAGUAGUUUACCGAGAUCUGUCAUUCAACUCCAGUUUACUGCAUGGCCUGAACAUGGUCUCCCUUCUUCGUCACAUGACCUGUUAUCGUUCAUGCGUAUCGUUUACACUUUCCACUCACAACAGCGAAGUUUACAAUGUCCCAUCAUUAUUCAUUGCGAAAACGGUGUGGGACACACGGGAACAUUCUGCUCUGCUUAUUCUUCCAUCCAGGACAUGGAUGCAGGAUUAGGGAUCCCAGAUGUUCUCAACAUCGUUCAUAUGAUGAGGAAGAAGAGGAAGUUUAUGGUUCAAGAAAAGGCCCAAUUGAAGUUUGUGCACGACUUGGUUUAUCUUCAUGCUGCCGACCUCUUGCUUCAACGUGGAGUUCAAGUUGAUACAAAACAUGCUAUUCCACAAUCUCCUGUGCUGACACAUCAACCUACGCACCAAACUUCUACUUCGAAUGCUUUUGAUGUUUUUGGUAGCAGUGCAUUGUCUUCUAUUAAAGCAAGUGUAGAAAAAAUGACAGUAAAGCCUGAAAAGGUAGUUCCGACGAACACAGCAGACACGAUGCAGAAUAAUAAUGAGAUUGAAAACAAUUUUACGCCUACCAACGAUUCCACAGCUGUGAUGUCACAAACGCAUAUGACAUCACACUUAGACGCUCUAAUGGGAAGCAACAUGAGUGACCUUGUUCAGGGAACAAUCACACCAUGUGAUGUCACAAACACUAAGAAAUUGCCUCAAACACGUUCACCCGACAUAGUGGUACCAGAUGUGGUUCAAAAUUGUAGCAAACCAGUUUUGGCAACAAACAACACUCCGUCAGCACCAAAACCUGAUACCAGUGAAGUGAAGGCACCAGUACCAACUAACAACAGCGAACCAGCAUUGAAUCCACCAAAAGAAACCAACAUUUCAAUUUUAGACCAGCUUACUCCAGAGUCAUUUACACUAGGUGCGCCAGAGAGCAAGGACAAGAAGAAAAUCACAAAAGCUGACUUUUACAAACCACGUGAUGGGAUUGGUCCAAAAUCUGAUGCGAGUGAUCCGUUUGGAGACUUAGACCCCCUGUGGAGCUUAAAAAAGUAAUCGCUCCAAAUAUUUUCUUCUAAUUUUAAACGUUUCAUAAUCAUUUGAUGUGUUAUUUAAAUGUUUCUUGUGAAAAUGAUCUAUGUCUGCUUUAAAAUAUACUAUUACGAACAGUUUAUGUCUCCACAAGGACACAGUUAUUUGUGCUGUUAUAUACCCAAGCGUGGUGUAGCCAUCACAUGUGUAAACAUUCUGUGCAAUGGACUAUUCUUACAGUUUAGAGUUGUUUAUAUUUAUGAUUCUUAUUUUUCCUCAUUCAUGUAUCCGUUGUAUGCGGUGUGCUUCUAACUAAUCGUCCAUGUUUGUCGUAUUAAAAACACUAUAUAUAUAAA